CGGAAGUAAACGGGAAGUGACGCAACAGUCGGCGUCUUGAGCCAUGCUUGAAUGGAGGUGACCUUAGUUUUUAUUAAAUUGUAGAAUCAAAAGGCUUAGCUACAGUUUGGCGGUAUACACCACGGGUCGGCGCAGCGGGGCGGUUUGUGGAUGAGAAGCUAAAGUUUGUAGAGGAGCACAGUUUUUCAGACAUGGCUGAGGGGCAGCAGGCGCGCGUGCAGGCUGUAGUCGAAGACAUGGUGCAGAGUCUGGAGAGGGACCACAUCCGCAAGAUGCAGGGUCGCAUGUUCAGGUGCAGCGCAGACUGCUGCGAUCGCUCCUCGGACUCCAUGUCUCAGGUGCAUCACUGCAUCGAGAGGUGUCACGCUCCUCUGGCCAAAGCUCAGGGCCUGGUCACCUCAGAGCUGGAGAAGUUUCAGGAUCGUCUCGCCAGAUGCACCAUGCACUGCAACGAUAAGGCCAAGGAUCUAUUUGACUCCGGCGCCAAGGAGCCGGCCGUCCGCGCGCUGAUGGACCGCUGCGUGAGCAGCUGCGUGGACGACCACGUGAACUUGAUCCCCAGCAUGACCCGCAGGCUCCAAGAGAACCUGGACUCUAUAGAGUAGGGAGGGUCAGUACGGGAGUCUGCACUCUCCCGGGCCCAUCUCACACUCACACACACACACACUCGCAGAGCAGAGCUUGGUCGGUCACCAGAUGACUAGCAGGGCAGGAGCACCGCAGCAGGUUGAGACGGUCAACCAGCCUGAAGGUUUCUGGGGGUUUUAAACUACCCACUGUGAGAUCGUCAGCUCUCUCUGCAACAAGAAAGAACUUCAGCCAUGCAAACUGUGUCAAGUCAUUUAGUGUGAAUGACUUAUUAGAUCUAUUAAUAUUCUUUUCACAGUGCAGAUCUGGGCACUGCUUUUUAAACUGGGGUGAAAACUUUCAUCGGUCAACUCUGUUUUUGUCAUAUGUUUCCUAAAAACUACAAAAAUGUUGUGAAAACUGGAUUAUGUCUCUCUGAAGCUUCAGGGUACUGUGUGGAUGGAGCCUUGUUUGUUGCUAAUAA